GCCUUUUUUAUUUUAUUUUUUUUUGGUGCUAUUUUUUUCACUUGUUAUGAGUAUUUAUGGCAAGUGAACUUUGUGUGUACAUUGAAUCUUUGAUUUCUUAAGGAAAAAGAUAAUUGUGAAUUUGGGAAAAUUGAGUUUUGCUUUUCUUGAUCAAGGCAAAAGAAAAAAGAAAAGAGGAUCUUUAGAAGUGUGAUUUGCUCAUCCUUUACAUUAAAGAAGUGAGCUUUCUUUGCUCUUUGUAGGAGAUAGUGUGAAGAAGAGAUUACUUACAAUGUAUACUCAGAUGAUGCAAUCUGAUCGUGUUCUUGGUCGAAAAACCGAUGGAUUGGGCUUUGGAAUACUAUGUGGUUCUAAGUUUCAAGGUGGGCAUUUGCCAUCUGGUGUUGUUAUCCCUGGUUCAAAAAAUUCACCUGUGAGUGGUAGUGGUGGCAAUGAUGAUGGGUGGGGGUCGGAUAUGGAUACGGAUCCUGAUUCUGAUGAUGAGGUUUAUGGUCAUUACUCUGUUGAAACUUCACCCCAAGAUGAUAAGUUUCUGAAUGUUGGAACUUUAAAGAGAAAGAAUUCUUCCAAUAAGCAUAUUGGUAAUGCCACCAGUGAUGAACUUCAGCAGAAAACGUGGAACCAAUUUGCAGUUAAAAGUUCAUUGAAUUCUGUUGCAAGUUCUAAAAUUACAGCUUCGGUUCCAUUUUCGAUCGGUAACAAGAGUGGCUCAUCCCGGGAGUCGAAUGGGAGGUCUUCUAGACAGAGCCUGAGGCUGUCCAAAAGUAAUAUUCCCAGUGCACCGCCAUUAAGUGGUUCAUUACAAGAACACAAUCAAGUUGCUGAGCAGCGAAAAGCUUUUGUGGCAGAUGAUAUCUCCUUCUCAGAAGUUUCAGGUCGUUCUGUAGCAAUGGAUGAAGCUAAAGCAUAUAAAACUGCAGUGGCAGGUUCAGCAAAAGAUGGACAGUCUGAUCCGUCUGGGAGGGCUGGUGGUGUACCUUCUAAUUCUUCAUCUGCCCUCUUUCCAACAUAUCAUGCAAGUGGACGAGGUAGUUGGCAUUGUUUCGUUGCUUAUGAGGCAUGUGUUCGAUUAUGUCUUCACUCAUGGGCGAAGGGUUGCCACGAGGCUCCAUCUUUCUUGGACAAUGAAUGUGCCUCAUUACGAGAUGCUUUUGGUGCAAGGCAAGUUUUGUUACAAUCGGAGGAAGAACUUUUGAGGAAAAGGUCCUUGGAACUUGUCGGUGAGGGAGCCUCAAUGAAACCUAAGAAAACUUUGGGCAAGUUGAAAGUACAAGUGCGUAAAGUGAAAAUGGCAUUAGAUCCACCCACAGGCUGCAGCUUUUCCGCUUUGAAACCACCAAAAGUAAAACUGGAGGCCAUACGUGCUCAGUUGUCCAAUGUGAAAUCGACUAUCAGUUCUGAAUGGGGAGCCAUACGAAAAGUGCGUGUGGCUCCAAGGAUUCCUCCAAAUGGUUCUUUAUCACAUCAAAGCUUGGCAUACCUUCAUGCCGGUACUCGUUAUGUAAAAGACGUUUCUGGGAUUUUAAAACUUGGUGUAACUACUUUACGAAGCAGUUCAACAUCAUAUGAAGUAGUUCCAGAGACGUACUUUUGUUCGUUGAGAUUGAAAAGUUUACCUGAAGAGGAUACAGUGAAAAUCCAAGCUGGAUCUGCUGAAACACAUCUAUUCUUACCGGAAGGUCUGGGGGACGACUUAAUUGUUGAAGUACGUGACUCAAAGGGAAACUACUGUGGCCGUGCAGUAGCUCAGGUUGCUGACAUUGCUGAUGACCCGGGAGACAAACUCCGUUGGUGGUCCAUAUAUCAUGAACCAGAGCAUGAACUUGUUGGAAGAGUACAACUAUACAUCAAUUAUUCUACUAGUCCUGAUGAAAAUAGCAACACAAAGUGUGGUCCUGUCGCAGAAACCGUUGCAUAUGAUUCUGUUUUGGAAGCAGCAAUGAAAGUUCAGCAGUUUCAGCAGAGAAAUUUGUUGCUCCACGGUGGGUGGAAGUGGUUAGUAACUGAAUUUGCAUCAUACUAUGGAGUCUCGGAUGCAUAUUCAAGAUUAAGAUAUCUUACUUAUGUCAUGGAUGUUGCAACGCCUACAGCAGAUUGUCUGACCUUGGUAUAUGAUUUGCUGCUGCCGGUGGUCUCUAAACCUAAAAAUACCCUAAGUCAUCAAGAGAAUCGUAUAUUAGGAGAAGUUUCUGAAAAGAUAGAGCUGAUUGUCGCUCUAGUUUUCGAGAACUACAAGUCUUUAGACGAAUCGUUACCAUCAGGGAUGGCGGAUGUGUUCAAACCCGCUACUAGAGUUGCUGCUCCUGCACUAUCUCCUGCUCUGAAGCUGUAUAGUCUUCUUAAUGAUAUACUUUCUCCAGAGGCGCAGUUGAAACUAUGCAGAUAUUUUCAGAUUGCUGCGAAGAAAAGAUCCAGAAGACACUUGGCAGAAACAGACGAAUUUGUCUCCAACAACAAUGACAACAUAGUGAUGGAUCCUAUGGCUUGCUACACAGCUUACCAGAAGAUGGUAUCACUUUGUUCAAAUAUCAGAAAUGAAGUUCGUUCGGACAUCGAGAUUAAUAAUCAAAAUAUACUUCCGAGUUUCCUAGACCUCCCAAAUCUUUCAUCAGCCAUAUACUCCGCGGAGCUAUGUAGCAGAUUGCGGGCAUUUCUUGUUGCAUGUCCUCCCACUGGUCCCUCAUCUCCUGUAGCAGAACUCAUUGUCGCAACAGCUGAUGUUCAGAAAGAUUUUAGUGCCUGGAACAUCAGUCCGGUCAAAGGCGGAGUCGAUGCAAAGGAGUUGUUCCAUCCGUACAUUACUCUCUGGAUCAAGGAGAAGCGUCUUGCUUUGCUCGAAUUCUGUAAACCUGACAAGAUAAAGUGGCCGUGUGUAGAUACACAGCAUUCAACUACUCCUUUUGUUGAUGAUAUCUAUGACCGACUGAAGGAGACAUUAGUUGAAUAUGAUGCUGUCAUAAGACGCUGGCCUGAAUACCUCUUCUCAUUGGAAACUGCAAUAGCAGAUGUAGAAAAGGCGGUUAUUGAAACUUUGGACAGGCAGUAUGCAGAUGUUUUAGCUCCAUUAAAGGAGAAUAUAGUGAAAUUAGGUCUCAAGUAUGUCCAGAAAAUAAAAGGCACAGUCUGUCCGUUUGCAGUUUGCAAAGAGCUGGGAAUUCUUUUGAAUUCCAUGAAGAGAAUGCUGGAUGUUCUGCGGCCGCAGAUAGAACUGCAAUUCAAGUCAUGGGGUUCUUGCCUACCAGAUGGUGGACAUGUCGCUCCUGGAGAGCGCAUCAGUGAAAUUACAGUUAUGUUGAGAACCAAAUUCAGAGGUUAUAUGCAAGCAAUCAUGGAUAAACUAGCGGAAAAUACAAGAUUGCAUAGUCCCACUAAACUGAAGAAGAUAAUCCAAGAUACUAAGGAAGGUACACAGGAAUCUGAUGUACGAGUUAGGAUACAGCCGCUGAAGGAUCUGCUGGAUAAUGCAAUCGAGCAACUUCAUAUGGUAUUUGAGACACAAGUUUUCAUAAUUAUUUGCCGAGGCUUCUGGGAUCGGAUGGGGCAGGAUGUGCUAAAGUUUUUGGAAGAGAGGAAAGACAAUAGAUCUUGGUACAAAGCAUCACGAGUUGCUGUAUCUAUAUUAGAUGACAUAUUUGCAUCCGGGAUGCAAAAGUAUCUAGGCAAUGCACUGCAAGAGAAAGACUUGGAACCGCCUAGAUCUGUUGCAGAUGUUCGAUCCAUGCUUUGUAAAGAUGCUGUGAAUAACGACGACAACAACUACUUCUAUUAAAGUAUUAACAGAACUUGUACAUAGCAUAUACCAAAUACUCCUACAUAUAGCACUUCCUUAGUUUCUACUUAUCGCGGAGAAAUAUCAGAAAAUUGUUGCGUUGCACCAUACGACGCGUAGAGAUGUAGAGGAUGUACUGUCCAAUUUUGUUAGGUACUCUAGAUUUUGGUUCUUAAUGGCUGCUAUAGUGCAACUGAUCUUUUCUAUUCAUUUUUAGAAAUUUGUACUACUAGUAAUAGUUUGCUGAGCUUGUAUACUCUUGGUAUAUUUCUCAAUUUUUUGAUUGAAUAGUUCUCUUUGAAAAA